AUAAAAAUAAAAUUAGUGGUUUGAAGUUGAAAAGUAAUUAAAAUUCGAUACUCUUGAGGCAAAAUUAAAGCAAUUAAGCAUCUGAUAUCAUCUACUAGUAUACUUCAAUUCAAUCUUUAUGAUACUCUCUCUCCCUCACUCCUCUCUCACUCAUAAUUAAGUUAAGCCUUAAUGAAAAAUCUAUCUCUCACCCUUUAAUUUUCUCUCUGUGUUCUUUCCUGUAUAUAAAGACCUAAGCUGAAGCAAUCCAACCACCAGUUAAAAGAGAGACUCUUUGUGAUUGAAGUACGAAAAGUCUUUGAGUUCACAGAAACAAUCCUUCCCAAUCCGCAGGUUUCAAGAUGAGUCGAAGAAGUCCAAAGCUGGAGCUCAAGCUGAAUCUUUCGCCGCCUACGUCAAGCCAGAGGAGGAUGGGUCGAUCCCCAAGCCGCUCUGCGACGACUUCACCGAUCUCACCGCCAAGCUCGUGCGUCUCGUCGGAGAUGAACCAGGACGAGCCGUCUGUGAGAUACUCGACAAGUCCAGAGACAACCUCGAUGGUCCUUGUCGGCUGUCCUCGUUGUCUCAUGUACGUUAUGCUCUCAGAAGACGACCCUAAAUGCCCUAAAUGCAAAAGCACCGUUCUCCUUGAUUUCCUCCAUGAAAACGCUUCAAACGCCAAAGCAAACGCUCCAGCCGCUGCUUCCUCUGGUCGUAAGACUCGGAGGAACUAAAAGACCAGUAAAACCACCCAUAAACUCUCCAAAAAUCUGUCCUUUUUCAUGUUAAGUUUUAUUUAUUUAUUUUUCUCUGUUUUUUUUUGUUGCUUUUUCCGAAUGUAGCUCUUGUUUAUGAGAGUAGUGCUAAUCACGCUCCACUUUUAAAUCCUCGGAGAAGAAGGUAGGAGAUGAAAUUAGGGUUUCCUACUCACAAAAUUUCAAAUCAAAAAGGGUGGAGCGCGAAUAGCACUAACUUUUAUUUUCCGUUUUCUUUCUCAACAUUUUCCUACCAUUUGAGUUCUCUAAUGGAAGAAGAAUUUCGCUCUCUCUCUCUCUCUCUCUAGUCUCUCUAUAUAUAUGUGUGAAAAAAUGUGUCAUUGUCUUCAUAUUUUACCUUCGAGUUCGUGUAGAUCAUCUUAUCCAUCGAAUUUCUGGUAAACCAUAUAACGGAAUCGAUUCC